AUGUAUCCGAAGAUAACUUCAUUAAUUUUGACUCUAAUUUGUACAUUACAAAUUGUGAAGUCAUCUGUUGUAAUAGACAGUUUGAGCCAAAAAGGAAUCCACAUAACGGACUAUUGUCCGAAAAUGAAAUAUUGUGAAGAGGGCGCUCACGUCAUGUGUAUGUAUUACAAUCCAAAUAAAAUAAUGGGCCCGCGCUGCAGUAGGCCAAAGAACGUGUCCAUUACACCGGAGCUGGCUAAUAAGCUUCUGGAGGUAUCGAACGCCGUCAGAAGUAAAAUCGCCCUGGGCAAGGAAAAGGGCAAAGAUGGCGAUUAUCUCCCGAGGGGCUACGGCAUAUUCAGAUUGCAAUGGGAUAAUGAAUUGGCCACAUUCGCACAAGUUUUAGCGAACCAGUGUGUAUUGAGACAUGACAUGUGCAGAGCUACAAAAAGGUUUUCCGAUCCCGGACAAACUGCGGGACUCGUCCGUUUCUCGUAUCCCGACUGGUAUCCGGUUUCCAAAGCUGGCCACUUCACUAAACCAGGGUUGUCACCAUCCAAGCUUCUGUACGCCAUCACCCAGGCCCUGAAGUCCUGGUACGGACAGAAGGUAGCUGUGACUCCGAAUAUGAUUACUAGUUACCCAGAUUGGGCACUAAAACCAAACAAACAGGGUGGUAGACUGUACUUAGAGAUGAUCUAUGGGCCCGCCACGCACAUGGGCUGUGGUAUAUCUGCUUACACAGAGUACGCCUUCUAUGACAACAACGCUGCUCUUAAUUACAACUCAGUGCAAAUCAUAUGCAACUAUUCCGCACGUCCUCGCAAAGGUGGUUCAGUCUAUAAUACCACAGUGCCUAUAGCUUCUGGGUUCACUGGUCGUUGUGGCUGCCCACGUGGAUCUGUUGAAGAUGGCGACUGCUUAUGCUAUGACAAACCUCAGAAGGAUAUCUCUCCUCGUAAAUUGAUGACAUGCUCUGACGAUGACAUGAACUGUAAUCCAUCUGUAGUACUGCUCCCUAUCUUCACAAUGGAGGAUGCUCCAUCACAAAAACUAAUUAAUUCUCAGGAAAACGAGGGUAGUACAACAAUUCGAGAGAAUUCAAUGGAUAUAUUCGACUUCGAAGAAACUGCCUUCCCGAAUGUUUCCACAAAAAAGCCACACAUUGAAAAUAUACUAAAUGAAAUAAUAAAUAGUCCGUUGCCGAAAUUGACGAUGCCCAGUCGACCAUUAAAGCGAAUGGCUGAUGUGAAAAAUAGGCAUUUCUCAAAGAAAUCCAUAAUCCCAGAUCAUCAGUAUCUUCGCAAACAAUCUCCACAGCUGUUCUCUAGUCACGCCCCGAAUAAAAAGAGCAGCAUAUUUUCACGGACAACAAUAUUUGAAUUACCAAGACUAAAAGAAGAGCCUCAACUGAAAGUUUCUAAAGAUUUUAAAAAGGAUGUUGCUCCGAGAAAAGAUUUUACAAAAGUGAGAAAUCUAGUUAAAAUUUAUAUGAAAGACAGAAAACACAAGACUGAAAUCAAUCAUGAUGGGUCUGUAGCAAAUGAACAAAACAUUCGCCAUAGUAAACCUGAUUUUCAUGAACCUAUUUUAAGAAUACCAGUUACAACAAUAUCAUUUAUGAAUACUGCAGAGGAGAAAGUUAUGCAUGAUUAUCAAUAUAAAAUAAAAAAUGCUACGAGUGGAGAUUCCACAGAUCAAUUCAAUAUGAUAAGCUCAAAUGAAGACAGUGAUAAGAAACUAAUAACUUUGCUUGAUAAACUUGAGCAAGAGGUUAAACACGUGCAAUGGCAUGGAGAAAAAAAAGAUAUGUUUGAUGCAAAAAUUAGAAAAAUUUACGAUAACAUUAUCCGUAAUCCCAUCAAUCUUAUGUCGAAAGAUGACGUAUUUUUGGAAUUAGGUACCUUAGGUAAUCAAACAUCAAAUAAUUUAUUUCAUAGUAAUGUAUCACAUGAUAGAGAAACUAUGCUAGAACAUAAUAUAGACAACGACAUUAACAAAAAUUUUGAAGAAAUUAACUCUAGAUAUUUAAAAACUAAUCUCAAAACCUAUAAGACGCUUAAUGAAGUAAAUCACAAUAUGAGACCUAUUACUAGCACAUUAAAUCAUAUCUCAUUACCACUACAUAAAAAAAUAGAUGUAGAAUAUGAAAAUUUAAGAAAGGGAUAUGAUUAUGACAUUACCAAGCAACAGCCUUUUGCAGACAUACCAAGAGAUAAUCAUCAAAGUUAUAAUGGCGUUGAGGAAGUUAAUAGAAAUAAAUAUAAAGACAUAUAUGCUACAAGAAAUAUUUACAAUAGAAAUAUUGCAAAACAGUUUUAUGAUCAUGAAAUUUCAAGAAAUCAAAAUCAUAAAGAAUAUGAUGAUUUGCUAGGACCAGAACGUAUACAAUAUUAUCAAGAUAAACUUGAUAAUUUGGAGAGAAAACUACAGUAUACUCGGAAACUUAAACAUCAAAAUCUGUAUUCUGACACCGCUCAACAUGUUCGGCGAAUAAGACCCACAACUCAUGAUACAAACACCAUCCACUCGAGGCGAAGAACGCUAGUGGAACCACUUUACGUGCCAGAUAGAGCGAGAUUUUUGCAUGGAUUCUAA